CCUUAUCAUUGAUAGUAACACAAACUCCAAAGCACGCGGAAUCUUUUUAGUGCCGAAAUUUUUAAAAUGUUUCCAUUGACGAACCUUUACAACGAUCCAAGACUGACCCUUCCUCUCUACGACCUGAAGCUGACCACUCCUUCAAGUAACUCAAAUACCGAACGUCUGCUCGUCUUGUUCCGAUUGUUAUUCUGCACUUGAGCCUGUCAUAGCACAGUCUGAUGAUUCUCGACGAAGAUGUCACUCUAUACUAAUUUGGCUAGCUCGCCCGGCAUUGACCUGACUUCAUUUAAAGAUAUUCUCCGUACCGUCGAAUACCCUUUUCCUCACACACAAUAUCUAGACUGAGAUACCUCCACAGUUGGUAGCUGUUUUUUCUUCGCAGUUUCAUUCGUGUUUCGGGUUUCAGAGCAGCACAAUUCGGGUCCUCUACGUUGAUGAAGUUAUCCUACCACACACGCGACGCAUCCCCGAGAUCCAUUACACUUAAGGUCCUAUCUUGUUUAUUUCGCAUUAGGUAUUUAAUUUUAGUCGAUCCGCAUCUGGCUUCCACUCAAGCGCACCGGAAUACCGCAUUGGGAGGCUACUGCAUUGUGUAUUGAAUUGUAUGCACUUUCCGUUUGCUAUGGAUGAGAAAGCUAUACCGAUAGAUAACUAUAUGAUUCUAUUUCAUAAGAUUUCCGAAUGAGUUAUUAAACACGCUUUAAGAACUCCUUUCAAGAACGCGGCUCAAGAACGAUUGAUCUAUAUUAAAUGUGUUGUUGGGUACAGCUACCGAGAACUCAUUUUUUGUGAAAAUAUUAAUUUACAAUCUUAUAGGUUAACUCCGAAUGUCAAAAUUAACGGGAUACGACAUGCAGUUCAUCAUUUGGUUUCCUAGAACUUCUUCUGUCAAUGCUUUGUAAACGUUUGGCGAUGUUUCAGAAAGGGGGUAGGCUUGAUAGCUACGAUAUUCACUUCGCAGCACGAUUAUUUUUGAUCUCCUAAACGUUUUUUGACCCUUCCACAUACGAUUACGAUCUCUUCUCGGUUCCGACGGUCUCUCCUGUCUCAGCUAGCCAUUUCCUUGGAGUUAUUGAACUCAUCGUCUGCUUGAACGAGCGUUUUCUUCAGAGUUUACAACCACCUUUUCAACUCUAGUGUCAUGACGAAUUGACCAAAGAUCUUCAACAUGGAUUAGCGCUAUUAUCGGCUGCUAUAGCUUCUGUCUCUCUGAGCUCCCUAAGUUUCGGAUCCACACCUAAAACUUCAUCUUCUUGUUCUUUCAACUUAUCAAGCUCUGUUAUAUGGGCGCUAAUCCUCAACAUCUCUGCUAGUUGUAGUUUUAAUCUUCUUAAGUAUGCUAUAUUAGUUCUAAGUCGAAAGGAAGAGCAAGAACAAACGCGGUAGCCUCAAAUGAUUUUCCCUUUCGGUGGUUUCUUAACCAUUGGUUCUAGACGAGAAUACCCAAUACUCCAUCUUGUGUCUUUAUCGAAAAAGUGUUUGGAAAUUUAUGUAUUUCUGUUGGCCUCUACAAGAUCUGUAGACACGUCUGGGCUCUAGGUCACAAAGAGGUUGAAUAUCACAUAGAUUUUUUUAAGCUUUGGAAGUUCGGCUUUGGAAGUCCAACAGGAAAACUGUUUUGAAUUCUCUCGGAGUUGCUCAGCAUCACAGUACAGUUUUUUAUGAUUCAAUUAUAUGUUAUGUUUUCCCUAAGAACUCCCAAAAACUGAGGGGAAAAGUAUGUAAAUUUACUCGUAGAUUGAUCACAGUGUAAAACUUUUAUAGAGUGACUGAUGGUGGUUAAUAUUAACUGUUCUAUAAAUUGUUUGUUUUGUUGUGGAUAUCGUGAAAUUUAAAUGUACACAAUUCCUUUAUUGUUCCAACUCUGGACGCUGCUCAGAAGAUCGUCGAUGACUUGAGUUCGGCGAGCAAAAUCCACAAUCACCGGUCUUAAAGAGCCAGAAUUUUCAACCUCACAACCUUCAAGAACAACAACAGCAGGAGCAGCAAGAACAACAGAAUGUGUUACAUCGCAAGAGCACUAGUAAUAAUAGUUCCAAUACCAACAGCGAUAGCACUAAAUCUAGUAGCGAUUAAAAGGAAUAAUGAAAGAACGGAUGGUGAAAACAGCCGAUAACCAAACUGCAGUCAACAGAUUGUCGCGAAACUUCAAAGCAAAAUAGAGCAGACAGAAACAGUGUAAACACUAUUGUUUUAAAAUCGUAUACCGCCGGUGAGUUAGACAUUAUUUUUCGUUACACAGAACUAAAAAAAUGAUUCCAAAUAGGCCAAAAACACUUGAUACAAACGAAAUGUUAGGAAAGCUCCAACGUAAAGUAGGGUAGACAGUAUCGAAAAAAAAAGUCGGAUUCUAAACUUCCUCGUGUUUUGGUACAAUUGUAAAAAUAAACAAUCCUGAACGCAAUCCAAUUAGUUACUAAUUUGAUUUUAUUUUAUAAACGUUUAUCAAUUCCAAACCACAGCGGAGGAGAAAAAGUUCGAAUUCAACCAAAACAAAACAAAAUUUAAACUCACAAAUACAAAAUGAAAAGUACAUAACUCCAAACAAAGUAAAAAGAGUAAACAUAUAUAGUGAAACAUACAACAAAUGAACCGAGUACCAGAAAUUAAAAACAUUGUCAAGGUGGUAAAUAGUAAUCAGUUACACAUGAGUAUAUACGCAGAUCAAGAAGUAGAUAUAUGAUGGAAUAGGUGCGGAUUAGCGCGUGAAUGAGACAAGAACAAGCCAAGCUUGAUUAUAUGCAACUGAAACAGUAUUUUGAAGGUAAACAGUGAAAAGAAUGCUAGGGACUAGUGCUGGAAGGGGUUUGCAAGAUCAGUUCUACGUCUUUGACGAGAUUCAAAAUUAGUUGAAAUGUAGGCAAAUUAGAAUGAACAGGGCUCUGCUGAAUACAACAAUAGCAAUCAAAAUAUUCUUGUUAUUGGAUGGCGGUGCUACCUUCUACAAAGCAAGCGCUCUUAUCGUUGCCUAACGCACCAUUGGGCAGCUUUAUUGCUUCUAUUUUCUUUUUUUUACUGGAAAAGAACUGAUACUGAUCAAGGAACCGGAGUGUUCUCCUAAUAUCAUCCCGGUUCUUCACAAACAAUAUUCUGCUAAAUCAUUCUAGGUCUUACAUCGAUGCAGCUCCAACCUCAAUCAGUUCAUCAUCAAUCGCAACAACAACAACAAUCUCAGCAGCAAAGCAUGUUGCUGUUGUCUCAAGCCGCAGCAGCGGUCGGUCUCGGCAACAGUAACAGUAACAACAGCAUCCAGAACUCGCUCAACCCUAACAGCAACACGAUAGUUAAUAGCAACAACAACAACCCACAUCCCAUGGAAUGCGAUCCGCCGGUUCAACAGCAGUCACAUUCUUCUCUGCUUUCGACCUCUUCGAAUCCGAACCACUAUCACAGGAAUCGCUACAUGCAACAGCAGCAACAGCACCAGCUAAUGAGCCACAGCAGUUUCGCUCCCGCAUCACUGCCAAUCGACUUAGGGGGUCUAACUCAUGGUGGGCAAUCGCUGGAUCCACAUCACCCAGGAUCGUCGUCGUCUUCAGCAGCAGCCGCGGCGGCAGCAGCUAUUAUGUCUGGCAGCUUUACAUCUCAUCCGGUGUCCUGCGUAGUCGGAGGAGCGGUAGGAGGUGGAGUUGGUAACAAUAAUAAUAGUAGCAGCAGUAGUACAGCGGGGGGAGCAAGCAAUCGGAGUCUACUUACGCACAGUACCAGCGGCUAUGCGCCGUUUUCGAUGAAUGAUGCAGCUUUGCUUAUGAGCCAUGCUGGGAAUUCAAGUAGUCUUGGAGUUUUGGGCCUGGGGCCUGUUGGUCUUGGUUCUAUCGGGACAGCUUCAGUUGGGGGAAUACCAGGCCCAAAUUCUCUAUUGACAGGAAAUGGAAGUAACAGUACUGUAGCGCCAAUUGGUAACAUGGGUGGGGGAAGCAGCAGCAGUAGUAGCAAUAGCAGUAGCUCCAAAGGACUCGGACGAGCAGCAGCAGCUGCUGCAGCCGUGGCCGCUGCUGCCGCAUCCAACGAACGGGACGAGUCACCUAUGGUCGGGGUUGUAGUGCAACCCAGUCCCGUAAUAAUCCACUGAAAUGCUGUAUUUGGCGUUUUUAAUCGGAUUGCAACGUCAUGUGAAAACGGAACCAAAGUAACGAUAGUAAACCAGAAAAUUAGAUUGAUGUUUCGUUAACGGCUGAUAGUUUGUGUUUUAUAAAUUAUUGGAAGUUGUGCUCAGUGGAAUCGUUGGUCCUUGUUGAAAUUUUUUUUCUAAUGUUUUUUUUUUCUUUCUAUGCAUGUUAUUGCCUUCCGUAGAAUACGAACGGCUCAACAACGUCAAAUUUAUUUACAAAUAAAACGUUUGAAAAAGGAGACUUGGAUUUGUGAAUAGUUUACUAUUAGGAGUAAAUGAAUACUAUUUCUAAUUUAUUGAAUUAAUUUUAAAAGAAAAAUGUCAAAAGGUCAAUGUAUUUUUUUCAUAACUAAUAUUUUAUCUUAAGCCAAAACAAAAUUCAUAAAAUGCAUAAAGAUUUACUGAAAAUUGAUAAAUUAUUAUAAAGCUUUCCUGAACUGAUCAAGGCUAGAUUCCUCGGAGUGCAAUUUGAUGCGAAUUAAUUGACGCUACAAUGCCUUUUUUAAGUCUUCCGAACUGUGUUCAAAAAUGCUCCUAUUUUUUUUUUAUUUUGACGAUAUAUUUCGAGGAUACUCCUACAUUCACUUACAUAUUAUACGAGCAUGGCCAAGCAAAUCGAGUUACACCGCUCGGGUAGUUUGCUGAAACGGAUUAGGCCAAUAGCAUGGAAUUGCCUUUAACCUAGUGUGAUAGACAUGCAUUGUGGGAAAAUUCAAUCAUUUGAUGCGAGAUUUUUGUAUCGUACAAAACGCAAACAAGAAUACUGCCGUUUGGGAUUUUCGGAGUAACCAACCUAGACAAAUACACACACAUACAUACCCAUUAACUUGCUUUUCUUAAUUACAAAAUGAGUUUUAGUUUUAAUUUUCGAGAUACCACUAUUUUGUAUAAAGACUGUCCGUUCAAUCGAAUGAUUUUGACGUUAUUGCGAAUGAAUGUUACAAAACGUUGCUUGAAUUGCAAAAAAGUUAGUUUAUCGUGCGUUUUACAAGAUUUUUAUGCGCAUACUACUCGAAGUAGAAGGAAGAAUGGGAUCCUAGAAUAUGUGAGAUUGAACGAAAGAUUGCAAAAUGCGUACCUACUGGUAUGUGUUUCAUUUCAAAGCUCAUCAACCUAUUUCGAGUACAUGAUUAUUACCAAGCUGCAGCCCAUUCGGUUGAGGGCAUUUAUUUGCUACAAACAGUGGAAAACAGCGCUAUCAAAGUAACUCCGAUGUGUUUCAUUUUUACACAAACGACUAAACUAUAUAGAUAAUUUCUACACUUCAGCAGGAGAAACGUAACCAAAAUUUACUAUCGUAACUUAAUUGCAUUAAACUAAUAUUUCGAAAAUGAUGCUUUAUGCAUUCACCACAUGUAAAUUUACAUCCAUUUUUACAAACAUCAUAAGGGAGUUGUGUUUUUUCUUGUAGAGAAAGAGAGAAAAGUGGCUACGAGUAACUCUGUUGAAGAAUGCAUGUGCAAAGCUACAGACAUACACACACACAAUCACAGAUGAAGUGAGAGAGAAUGGUUUUUAUAAUGAAACAAAAAGGUAACAAUUACACUACUGCUACAAGAAGUAGUACGAUUGCAAGCAAAUCUGGGGACACUUCGGAAAUGAAUCAGCGAGAACAUUAGGCAAAAGAUAAGACCAAUAAAAAUAUUAAAUUAUUAUUUAACGAACUAAAUUAAUGAAACGACUUGAAAGGGGUAAAACCUAAUGGAACUGUAUAACGUUUCCUUGUACAUACUAAUGGAUAGUGCUAAUUAUUAUUAAUUAGAGGAAUGAGAAAACGCAAACAAUACGUUUAUGUAGAAAAUGAACGUAUAAAAAGUAUGAACAAGGGGAGAGUGGUUCAGAAAAGUAAAAAUAAAUUAGCCGAAUGAUUUAAAGGAAAUCAAGAAAAAUAAAUUAAUAACUAAAUAUUAGUUCUUAAGCGAAAGGUAAAUGAUUAAGAAAAGUUGAUAAGUAAUAAAUGAGGAAAAUGCAAACAGCAAAAAAAAAAACAUUAGUGAAACAGCGAUUAAUGAUGAAAAAAGAAAUCCCUAAAACAGGUAUAAAUUAUUGGUGUCGCGAUAUUGUACCAUAUAUAAGUUAAUAAGUCACACACAACCAGCUAAACACAUAAUUUUCCAAGUCGAGCCAAAUGUCGUAUUAUCUCCGUUGAUCCAUAGUGACUUUCACUUAGAAAAUACCCAUAGCCACACCGUUCUAAGUCUGACUUCAUCGUAUCGACAGCCACGAAAAAUAGUAAAAUAAUCCGAUUUGGUCGAAUGACCACAUGACUGGGUUAAGAACGUAAGUUUAAUUUACAGCAAUGAAAAAUAGACCACAAACUAAAAAAACACUUACCAAUGCAGCAAAGAACUGAACAAUAUAAAAAAAAUACAAUAUUGAUGCGUAGUUUAAACGAAACUGAAGACGGCUAAUCAAGAGCUGUCCGCUGUUGCUAACUGAAAUUGUAGGAUCGCACAGCUCUCGAAAAAAAAAGAUUCCAGUAAAAAUAGUCACAUAACACUUAUACACUCGAGACUAAACAAGGUGACAUGGAUCAUCUGAAUAACCGCCUAGCAGUGAAAGAGCCGAUCAAUGAGGAAUAGGCAUAGAGGGGAAAAUAUUAAUAUGACUACAAAAAAAAGACAUUUGUAAAAAAAUCGUAAAAAAAUGACAAAAAAUAAUACACUAAAUACAUCAUUAGACAAAAUGAAGGAAAAAGAAAACCACAAAAAGCAUAUUUUUCAUCAUUUCCCCUUAAGUUGGCAGCUCUGGUGGCGGACUCCCAACUACGAGAGUAAUAUCCGAACGUAGCAAUAACAAGAAAUAACUGACAAGUGAUAAAUCAGACAUGAAUAAGCGAGGAAACACAGAACAUUACAACAACCAACAGCAGAGCUGGGUUGAUUGAGAAAGGGGCAACGGAGGUGACGGUGUGUCCAGUCCCAUUUGGGCUGUGUCUACAUUAUCGUUGGCUACGAAAAGAAUGUCUAGCAAAUCAAAGAUUGAAAAUCAUAGAAUAUGUGACUAGCGAAAGAGUGCAAAAAAAACGAGCGAUGCAAAAAGAACGAGCAUAAUGUAUUGCAAAUAAAAUGAGAAAAUAAUA